CUUUGAGCCAUGACGUCAUCGGGAUAUAAAGCCUUGCCCGUUUCCUGCCGGUAGACAUUCCUGCUUGUCUUAACGAGUACACCUGGCGAUCCCGACUUCACGGCGAGUUGCUCAUCGCUGACACACGCGGCUGCAGGAGUUGAGCAACUGCUGCAGCUUCGGGCGAAAGCAAAAGUCCGUAUGCGGCUGGUGACGAUCCCAGGUUCGAUCAUCGCGGAUCUGCUUCAGGAUCGCGGAUAGGGAGCAACGCGGUGGGACAACAUGGUCCCAUCGACAGCCGGGGUCCCUCUGCUGGUUCUACUGCUGACUUUAAAGGCCUGCUCUGCGCCAGAGGUUGAAAAGGUGACCGUCCACGUUGACAAAGGCGUCACCGUCACCAUCCAGACUAAACAGAACACUAACUGCAAAGUCUGCAUAAAGGUAUGGCGUCGAAACUGUUUUGACUCGAAACAGUUCAAAGAUUCAACUGUCUUGGUUGAGUUCGAAUGCCCCACACGUCAAGCCAUAUUCACAGACUUCACUGUGAAAAUUGAGCAAAACAUAGAAUGCAGCACAAAGUCCUGUAACGGUCACAUCGUCCAGUCUGACUCCAGCUUCAGUCUAUUACUGGCUUUUAACCGCACGUUCACCUGGACCCUGAACGCCUCGCCACAGACGGCGUUCAGGAUAGACUUCCCCAAGCCGGGCCUGAGACAGAUCCGUCCAUGGGAGGCGUGUGAGGGCGGACACAGCUUCACCCUCCAGGCCUCACGGGCCACAGGGAGCGCCACCAUAGGGAAAUACUGCAGAGAGGGAAGUAUCAGCAGUGUUCAGAUUCAGAGCAACGGGAGGUUCUCUGUGGAGGUUCCUGCAAGACAGAAGCUGCAGAAUGAUCAGUUCAACGUGUCUGUGGGGGAAGAAAUCCAGUCCUUCGCUAAGAUCACACUGACGUUCCCAGAGGGAACCUCGUCCUCUGAGCUGCUGUCUCCAAACUACCCGGACAGUGUUCCCAGCAGCAGCGUGAUAGAGUGGGACAUUCAGGUUCCAGACAAACACGGGACUUCUGUUCAGUUCCUAAACGUCUCACAGCCACGUUGCCUGAAGAACAUGGCGGCGGUGGAGUAUCGCAGCAAAGAGAGAGCAGCGUUGUUCCGGAACCUCACAGACGCCCAACGUAAUGAGGAAAAGGGGAACGUCUCCGUGACGCUGAGGAACUGUGAGAUGGACAUGACCUCAUCGAACUCUACACUCUCUUUCAGCCUCAGGGUGUUGACUUCAGUCAGAACAGACGUGACCAUGAUCCUGGUUGUGGUGACUGCUGUCUUGGCCAUUUUAGUCAUUGUGGCGUUAGUGGCCUGUGUAGUGAUGAAAAAACAGAAGAAGACAAGAAUGAAAGAAAGACAAGAAGCUCAGAAAUAUCAGACGUCCAUUUACAAUCCAGACUUGAGCACCAGGGUCUACAGCAACUGGCCCGAGCCCGGCUCAGAUGAGGAGCAUGUGUACGUCUCAAUUGAUGAAACAAAGAUCUACUCACACCUGCUGGACACACAAAGCACGGCACAGUAGUGGUGACUGCUACUUGGUCGGAGGAUAGAACUGCAUCACAACUGGAGCGGAGGCAGAACCUCGGGUCUGUUCGUCCGUGUGGACUUUGACUCAUAGAACCUACCUGAGCUCAGGACUCUCAGCUCUGCUGAUGCCAUCACCAGAGCAUCAUUGGAUACAUUAAAUAUCAGAUAGCUGUUGUUUUAUAUACAUGUACAUGGACUUGUGAUGAGUUAGGUUAAUACAUGAGUAAAUUUUUUAUGGCUUGUU